UAAUCUUUUAAUGAUAAAUAACCUUAAAAGUUAUUUAACAAUUAACAAAAUUUAGAAUAAAAAAUUCUUUAUUAAGAAAAUUAAAUUUUUUGAACAAAAUUUCUAAUCAAUAAUCAAUGAGGAUCUAUUAGUAAUUUCAAAAAUCUAUUUGAGAUAUAUGUUAUUUAUUGUAUUUUAAAGAAAGUUUUCAUUUGAAUUUUUAAAUAUUUAUUUUAUAAAAAUGCAAUUCGAUUAAAAAUCCUUCGAGACAUUUUUUUGCAAUUUUUGUUCAACCCAUGUAUUAAAUUCAUCGAAGCAAGUCCAUGAAAAAAAAUGUUUGGGUAAAAUUCUAAUAGAAAAAGGUUCAAAUUAUGAGUAAGAUUAAAUGAUGCAAUCUUAAAAUUUGCAACAAUUUUCAGGAAUAAAUUAAAUAUNAUAAAUAAAUAUUAGUUUCUUAGUAAAUCUGGAAGAGAAAGUUUUAUUUUUUAGGAAAGAAUAUUUAAAUUUAUUUUUCCUAUAAUAAAGUAAGAAAAUGAAUUGUAAAUAAAUAUAAAUCCAUUUUUUAAAUUUAUUCUAUAAUGAUUAUCUGACCAAUUCCAAUAUAAAAUUUUUUAUUAAAUAUUUUAUACUAUUAGGUCAGUUUAAUCAAAUAAAUAAAAUUUCUCAAAGAAUUUUUAAUAUGGCAGGGAACAACAUUCACAACUAAGAAUAUAAUUUUGAAUUAGAGGAAGAAUUUGAUUUGGAAAAUUUAGAAAUGCCAUAAUUAGUUAGACGUAAUGGAACCAUUAACAAUAAUGAAGAAAUCAUUAAUUUUCUUAUUUUGGAUUAACCUGCAGAUAAAAUAUUUCACGAAGAAUAAUGUCCUAUUUGUUUAGAGUCAUCAGAACAGCUUUAUCCAUUAAAAUGUGGUCAUACUUACUGUUAGUAUGAUAUAGAAAAAUUAAUGGAAAUCUCGAAAUCUUCCUAUGGCUUAAUAUAAUGUCCCAUUUGCAGAGCUUAUCAAACUAUCGAUUCAUUUGAAGAAAAAUUAAAUCUCAAAUAAAAUAAUCUUGAGAAUAGCCAGCAAUUAUGUCUUUGAAAAAAUUUAAAUGUUUGCCUCU